UUGGAUCACAUUGACUCAGUAUGAACAGAAGCUUCAAUGGAUGCAGUGGUGAUCCUGUUGCUCGGCCUCUCCUGUCUCCUUCUCCUUUCACUCUGGAGACAGAGGUCUGGGAAAGGGAAGCUCCCUCCUGGCCCCACUCCUCUCCCAAUUAUUGGAAACAUUCUGCAGAUAGAUACUAAAAAUAUCACUAAGUCCUUAACAAAUUUCUCAAAAGUCUAUGGCCCUGUGUUCACCCUGUAUUUUGGCAUGAAGCCCACUGUGGUGCUACAUGGAUAUGAGGCAGUGAAGGAAGCCAUGAUUGAUCAUGGGGAGGACUUUGUUGGAAGAGGGAGUUUGCCAAUAGCUGAAAAAAUUAAUAAAGGGCUUGGAAUUGUUUUUAGCAAUGGGAACAUAUGGAAAGAGACUCGGCGCUUCUCCCUCAUGACCCUGCGGAAUUUUGGGAUGGGGAAAAGGAGCAUUGAGAGCCGUAUUCAAGAGGAAGCCCACUUCCUGGUGGAGGAGCUGAGAAAAACCCAAGGUCUACAAUGCUCUCCCUGCUCUCAUUCAUUAUCUUCCAGGAAGUCAUAAAACAAUAUUUAAAAAUACGGAUUAUGUAAGAAGUUAUACUUUUGAGAAGAUAAAAGAACACGAAGAAUCAUUAGAUGUUAACAAUCCUCGGGACUUUAUCGAUUGUUUCCUGAUACAAAUGAAGAGGUUAAGGUCCAGGAAGAGAUUGACCGUGUGAUUGGCAGGCACCGGAGCCCCUGCAUGCAGGACAGGAGCCACAUGCCAUAUACAGAUGCUGUGCUGCAUGAGGUGCAGAGAUACAUUGACCU